CCUAUCCGUGGUUGGUGUAGUGUAGGCUGACUUUCGUUGUCCAACACUGUUGGAAAGCCAAUCACUUUGUUUAGCCGCGAAAAUUGGCCUAGAACACCCGCAAAAACUGUCUGGUUUUGCAAAAAACGUGCUUUCGGAUAUUUUAAGCAAUAAGUUAGCUGCUAUCUACGUGACAGCCACAAGCAGUAAGAUCCGGAAAGAUCUUCUGGUCCAGCAUCUGCGGAAGCAAAUUGAUUGGCGCCUUUUGAAGGACUACACAAUGGCACAAAUCGAGAAGUACCAGGACCUGGUGAUCGAUGCUCUCGAAGUGGUGGACUUUAAGCUGAUCCGAGACAAGGCCGACAUCAACAAUGACGCCCUGACUUUCCAUCCCGCAAUGGCCCACCAGAUUUUCGGCGAGACCGAGACCAUCUUCGGCUACCAGGACUUGCACGUGCGUGUAAUGUACACGGCAGGACCUUUGCACAUCUACCUGGGCGUCGAUUACGGCAAACGGGUGAAUGAGAUCUCCGGCGGAGAGAUCAAAGCCGACGACGUCGUCAGCACAAUUGCCCAGAGUCUGCCAGACGGCUGCUACUUCAUCAAUCUUGAUGAGUUUCUCAAGACUCUGGACAAGGCUGACAAAUUCCAGCCCUUCGGAGAGAAGAUUAGCGAAUACAAACGGGUAUCGGACGAUGGCAGCGAGCGCCUUUUCGAGAUCUACCAGUGCGACUACAAGAGCUUAUCAUUCUUAAAGUUCUUUGCCCGGCUGCAGACAUUCAUCUUGUGGUUCGUGGACGCUGCCUCCUACAUCGACACUGAUGAUCCACAGUGGUGCUACUUCUUGUGCUACGAAAAGUACAAGAACAACGAUGGCCAGUAUCAAUACGCCACAGCUGGUUACACCACCGUAUACGAGUACUACGCCUAUCCCCAAAACAAGAGACCCAGGAUAAGUCAGAUGCUUAUACUGCCGCCUUUCCAGAAACUCGGCUUGGCUACCCAGUUGGUCGAGAGCAUUUACAAAUUUUAUCAGUCGCAGAAGAAUGUUGUGGACAUAACAGUGGAGGAUCCAUCUGAGGAGUUCCAGCGCUUGCGGAAUUUUGUAGACGCGCGAUCUUGCAUGGAAUUGAAGUCGUUUGCCCGAGGCGAGAUAGUCAAGGGUUUUAACAAGGAGAUGGUGCGGGAAGCUCGCGAGGCUCUGAAGCUCAAUCCCCGCCAGGUGCGUAAAGUGUACGAGCUGUUGCGUCUAUUCUACACCAAUGUGAAGGAUGAAAAGGAGUACCGGCCCUAUCGUCUGGAAGUUAAGAAACGGCUUAACGCGGUCUAUUACAAGCAGUUGAAGGAUUUAAAGAAAAUGGAGCGCUUCAAGAUGGACACUGAAAUGCUGCGUGCUCGCCUGCCAACGAUUCAACAACGCAUGGAGCAGCUGCAAGAGGAAUACAGGGUGGUCGAGCAAGAUUACCAGAGCACCAUUGCCAAAUUGAGGGCCUAGUAGGGUCUGUGGAUCCAAAGGGUGUUGAUUAAUUUAUUUCGUUUCUCUGUUUUCAAAUAUGCUGAUUACAAAAUACAUUAUGUUGCUAUAAGCCUAUGGUAGGAUUCUUUUGAAUAAAUAUUAAAAAUUA